CGCUCACCAGAACCUGGAGCUCUCACCAAUAAUGCUUUCAGAUAGACAACUUUACUGUUAAGGCUACGUACUGCCCGGUCCGGUCCGGUUGCGAAUUCCUAUACGUGCCGAGAACACAACUCUAGUAGUAGGGCCAUUUUUCCUAGACAGCUUUCACAAGAAACUGGAGCUCUCACCAAUGCUGCUUUCGGAUAAAUAACUUCACUGUUAAGGCUAUUUACCGCCCAUUCCGAUUGCGAAUUCCCUAUACGUGCCUCAAACCGUGGAUCUUUUGAAGGUGCAGAUGCCAGUUCACUGUUAGCGUGUAUGAUUUGGUUCGCUGUUAACGCAAGCAGUUUCUAUACCAGUGGUCGGUGAAGUUUUCUUGUUUGCAAACCACUUUUCACUUCUUGACACACUUUCCGCAUCCAAACUUUUGAGCUGUCGACCAAGAUCAUGAAAUCUCUCAGCCUUGUCGCUAUCUUGGCCGCAGGAGUAUUCGUCCCCGGCUACGACGCGCUCAAGCCUUCAAAGUGUGGCGGAAAGCUUACGAGUCCUUGCCUCAGUGCAUCCGAUACAAGGUACGAUGCAAACUUUCCCAAAUCAAUCACUCUGCAAAAUCCGGCAUGGAAGCAAUUCGAGGGCUUGUGGAAGACGACCUCAAUCAAUUUCCAAGGAAACGGAAUCGUGGCGCAGCCUCAACCACAUAUUCCUGCAUUGAAAUACGCGACUCUUCCGUACACUCUGAAUGAGGUUGUAACCUUCUACAAUCAUACCAUUGUCGGAUCGAGAAUGUCGCUUUAUGCAUAUUUUUUCUAUUCCCCGGCCCCAGAAUCAUUCUGCAACCAAACAUUCAAUCCGCCUUUCGAAAAUGUUAUUGGGUCAGGAGUUUGCGGUGUGAAUGGAUUUACCACUGCCGUUGCCCAGUUUGGGACAAGUACCCACGAAAAUCAAGGCGACGUUGAUUUUUUUCGUCUUCGGACUUCUGCUGCUCUCGGUCCGGUCACAAUUGAUUUCGAUUCAGGACUAUUCACUUGGAUUGAUUCCAACUCUUUGCUUGCAACGAAUACACUUGAUGGCCUUUUCAGUCAAAGCAAUCCAUACACCUUCCUUGACAACAGCUCAGCCUUUGUCAACUUCAAUGUAAUUGAUCUUGUAAGGAGGACUAGAGACACCAAUGCCCUUGCUCAGAUGACUCGAAUGGAGGAGAGUGAGUGGCUCGCGGCUAUCGAGGAAGCGUACCAAGAUGUCAACAUUGCAGCUGCAGACAAAAUCCCUGUUCCCUUCCAGACUUCUUCUUCGGAUCCAGAAUGGUAUCCAACAGAAGAUGAAUGGUGCGGUGGAGUUGGUAACGACCCAGAGUGCACUGUAUCCCCAUAUCAAGAACCAGAUGCCAAGUUAAAAUCUAGUGCUUUGGUAGGGUUCGUUAUCCUUGGCCUCGCUGUGUUCUGCAUUCCUUUGUAUGCACUAUACCGAUACCGAAUUGGCCAACAGGAACGCCGCAUCAAGGACAAAUUCAUUCGAGGUAUUGCCAAAAACAUGUCCAUUGCUCCUAGCGCUGGGGCGAUAUCCCGCGACAAAUUGGUGGAAGAAUUCCAGCGCAUUGAUAAAGACAAGGGCGGGACCAUUGAGAAAGCCGAACUCAAGGACUGGAUAGACGAGGGGAAGUUGGGAACAAUUUCAGACGCUGAUUUUAAUGCAUUGUGGAGUGCUUUGGAUAGGGACGGUUCCGGUAAUAUUGAUUUCAUGGAGUUCUGCACUUUCCUCAGUGGUUGCAGCGAGGCGUUCGACAAUGUUUACGACGAGCAGCAGAAAAUGUGAGUUUCCUCUCUUAGGGAGGGACGCCUUCUCUUGUCAACUUUUAUCAAUGGUGAAUCAAAGGACCAUCAACUCUAGGUCUUCAUUAGGAGGGUAAAACGAAGAAGAGCAAUUUAUGUAUGAGUGAACAUGGAAGGAUGUCAAAAAAACCUAAUUUAAAGUCUGUAAUAACGAAAUUGAGAACUAGUAGU